AUGACUCAGGUGCACACUGUGGACAGCAUCACGCACACAGUAGAGGCACUUUCCACCGAGGCGUACCCCGAGACCUCGUAUGAUGGGCUGCCUGAACUGAUGAGCGCUGUCGAACAGUCGCCGAGCGGCACGGCCCGCGUGAGCCGUGCGAUCCGUAAGCGUCUCAAGUACGGCACAGUCCAUGAGCAAAAGCGCGCACUGACCAUUCUCGAGGGCCUGGUCGAGAUGGGCUCCAAGGACUUUCAGCGCAAUUUUGCGGACAUCAAGCUAGUCGAGCGCAUCAAGUACAUUGCCAACAGCGUCACGUCGGACGCAGGCGUGCGCCGCAAGCUCAUGUUGAUUCUUUUGUCGUGGCGCCGCCACUUUGCGCAUGAUCCUAGCAUGGUCUAUGUCACCAGUUUGUACAGCCAGUGUGGUGGCGUGGACCGCGUUGCUCCUGUACAGACCGUCGGCCGUGGUGCGCCGCACGGGGAGCACAACACGGCCGUGCACCCCGAUGUGGGUUCGGGCCUGACGCACAACAUCAACUCGGGCAUGACCAGUGUCGACGGAACGAUCGCUGUCGCUCAGAAGGAGUCGUCUCACCUGCUCCAGGCAAUGGUCGACGCGCAGAAGCGGGGCAUCUCGGUGCUGGACGACACCCGCGUCCAUACGCACGUGAACAAUGUGCUGGCGGAGCAGAAGGAGGUCGUCAAGUACAUCCACUCGGUCAGCGACGAGGAGUUCCUCAACAUGCUCGUGCACGCCAACGAUAUCAUUGUCGAUGUCCUACAGCGCCUCCAGCUGGCCGCAUCUGGCGAUCCCGUGCAGCAGCACCCGCUUGGUACGGACCCGCCGCCGAAGGAGGACAUUGUUACGCAGGCCGCCCGCCGUCUCUCGGCCGUCGCGCAUGGCGCCGAGGGUGGCUGGACGAACCUGUCGCACCAAGUGGACGCCUCGCUGGUGGCCAACUCGGGCUUUACGACUGCCGCGCCUUCGCGUGGCGCUCCGCCGGAGGACUACGACACGGACUCGGAUGCGGACGAGAUCGACCUGAACGUCGCCGCGCAGAACACGCGUGCGACCGAGGGCAUAGCCCAAGGCGUGACCCCGGCCGAUCGCGCCGCUGCGACCGAGGGCGUCGACCCAUUCGAUGUGGCGCCUGUGCCGGGGCUUGGGAAGCCCGCCCCGCCUUCCUCGGAGACGCACCCGGGCGCUGCGCCGCCGAUCACCAAUCCGUUCCACUUGUCAUAG